AGGAGUGCCACAUCUCCUGGGGGUGAAUAGCCACCAAUGUUGACUUAGUGCAUGGAGCAGGAGAUAAGCGCUGUCCUGCUGCUGGGGCCUGGUGGAGAUGUGCACCUUACAGCGUGAUCCAUGCUGCUUCUCGCCUGGGCAGCAGCCAAGGUGAGUGUCACGCAAUGCUGGUAUGCGUCACCCCCUCAGCUGUGGGCAGGGACGGCGGCCGCAGCCCGGGGAAAGCAUGAGAGAAGCACGCCUCUGCAGCCAGCCCCAAGGAGUGGGAAGAAGCAAGUCCUGCCUGAAUGGGAUCGAGGGUAGAGGGCCACGAGACUACUGAGCAGCGAAGAAGGGGACUGCCACAGACACACUUGAGGGAAGCAAUGAAGGCCAACUUGCACCAAAGUCCAGUGUGAGAAAGAGAAUGAGCAGUUCGCCGGCAGCCAUGAGCCAGCCGACCCCAGCCACCACAGAGCUGCCCGCGCUGCUGGGGGAAACAACAGCGGCCUUUGGGGUGGCAGACAUCAUCGUCGUGGUUUUAUACUUCGCCUUUGUCCUCACUGUCGGGAUAUGGUCAUCGAUACGAGCAAGCCGGGGGACUAUUGGAGGCUAUUUCCUAGCUGGACGAUCCAUGACUUGGUGGCCUAUUGGAGCAUCCUUGAUGUCAAGCAAUGUGGGCAGUGGCUUAUUCAUCGGCCUGGCGGGCACUGGAGCAGCUGGGGGCCUUGCUGUCGGGGGCUUUGAGUGGAACGCUACCUGGGCACUUCUGGCUCUUGGCUGGAUCUUUGUCCCUGUUUACAUCGCAGCAGGAGUGGUCACAAUGCCCGAGUACCUGCAGAAGAGAUUUGGAGGGCAAAGGAUACAGAUCUACAUGUCUGUACUGUCCCUCAUUCUCUAUAUAUUCACCAAGAUAUCCACAGACAUUUUUUCUGGAGCAUUGUUCAUCCAAAUCUCUUUGGGCUGGAACCUCUACUUGUCCACUGUGGUCUUGCUAGCAGUGACUGCUGUCUACACCAUAGCUGGUGGCUUAACGGCUGUGAUCUACACAGACGUGCUGCAAACCCUGAUCAUGGUGCUGGGAGCUUUGGUCCUCAUGUUCUUAGGAUUUGAAAAAGUUGGCUGGUAUGAAGGACUUCAGGAGAAAUACAGCACAGCAAUACCAAAGAUCAUAGUCCCAAACACAACCUGUCACCUCCCACGUGCAGAUGCCUUUCACUUGUUCAGGGAUCCAGUCACAGGAGACAUUCCCUGGCCUGGCCUUAUAUUUGGUCUCUCUGUGCUGGCUCUUUGGUGCUGGUGCACUGACCAGGUGAUAGUCCAGAGGUCUCUCUCUGCCAAGAACCUCUCCCAUGCCAAAGGUGGAUCGGUGCUGGGAGGGUAUCUGAAAAUCUUCCCUAUGUUUUUCAUUGUCCUGCCAGGAAUGAUCAGCAGAGCUCUUUACCCAGAUGAAGUGGGCUGUGUGGACCCGGACAUCUGUAAAAGGGUCUGUGGAGCUGCAGUGGGUUGUUCCAACAUUGCUUACCCCAAACUUGUGAUAGAACUCAUGCCCGAUGGGCUCCGUGGUUUGAUGAUUGCCGUGAUGAUGGCAGCCUUGAUGAGUUCCCUCACCUCCAUUUUCAACAGCAGCAGCACUCUCUUCGUUAUAGACAUCUGGCAGCGGAUCCGCCGAAAGGCUUCAGAGCAGGAGCUGAUGAUUGUGGGCAGAGUCUUUAUCCUCAUCCUCAUAGUCAUCAGUAUUCUCUGGAUCCCGAUCAUUCAAUCAGCCAACAGUGGGAAGCUCUUUGACUACAUACAGUCCAUAACCAGCUAUCUUGCCCCACCGAUCACAGCUCUCUUCAUCUUGGCAAUCUUCUGCAAGAGGAUUAAUGAGCCUGGUGCUUUCUGGGGCCUCAUGAUUGGGCUAGCUGUUGGUCUUGUUCGGAUGAUCAUCGAGUUUAUUUAUAGCACACCGUCUUGUGGUGAGGAUGACAGAAGACCAGCUGUGCUAAAGGACUUGCACUACCUCUACUUUGCCCUCAUCCUCUGUGUCCUCACUGCGAUUGUCAUCAUCCUCAUUAGUUUCUGCACCCCACCAAUCCCUGAAGAAAAGCUCGCUCGCCUGACAUGGUGGACAAGACACAGAAAAGCACCGGCCAUUGACCUGAAAAAUUACAAGAGUGAAGCAGCACAGAUUAAUCCAGCCAACGGAGAGAGUGACCUGGUCGACAGUGCAGAUCCAGGCGAUAAGGAGGAGGAAGCAGCCAAGCCUCCCUGCUGGAAAAUGCUGUACUUGUGGUUCUGUGGUCUGUCCACUGGCCCCGUGCCCACCCUGUCCCAGGAGGAGAGAGCUGCCCUGGAGCGAAGCCUCACCAGCAUUGAGGAGAAGCCCCUGUGGAGAACUGUUUGCAAUGUGAACGCUAUUCUCCUCAUGACUGUAAAUGUCUUUCUGUGGGCAUAUUUUGGCUGAGGUGGGGUCAGGCAGCGUGUGGCUUUGGUUUCUUUCAGGGGUCCUCAUCUUCAUAUCUAAUCCAGAAGCGUCAGGUGACAGAGACCCUCAUGAUGGUCCCUGGAGGUGCCGGGACACCUUGGUGAAGCCCUUCCCUGGAGGCACUGCUUGCUGGAAAUGACUGUUGGGCUCAGUUUCUCCCUAAGACGAGGUGUGACCAAGACUCAACGCCGGUCAUAUCCAGGGUGCAGGGGAUGUGGGACAGCAUGUGGGUCAAGUCAGGAGACCUUGAGUCAGUUUUAAGGUACAGAGCUGAGCCCAGCAAGGAGAAAGCCCAGCUGUGCCAUGACUGGGUCCUCGCUCCCCUCAUGCACUAGCUCGGGGCUGACUUUGCACCUCCGCUUUUAAGGGAAAGACUUCUGGUUUACGCUGGUGUAGGGAAGGAGAUUUACGUGUUACCUGCAGUUUGUUUGGUUUUUAUAUGGCCAAAAUUCAGAUGGGGUUAGUGUGGGAUCACUGGAUUAGCUCAGCCUUGGCUCCCACAGCUACCCCAGACCCUGUGCUGGGGACACACACACACACGCACACAGAGCCCCUGCCAACACCCCCCUGCUGCUGGCAUUGGCGGUGGGGGAGGGGCUCCCCCACCCUGCCCACUCUGCCGUGUAAUGGUGGCUCUUACAACAGCCUGAGCCUGUUUAUCCAUCGGGCCAGUCCUGCCCUUAACAGCAUUACCAGCAAUAAAUGUGCCUUAGCAACUAAGCCAAUUCCGACUGGGUUAUUGUGGUUAUAUAUCCUGCACUGACGCACAAAGGUCUCCCUGGGAACAUGGUGACCUGACUGUGGUAGGUAAAAGAAAUAUCCCUCCUUGGGCAAGGUGCAAGGCUAGACCUUGCUUUUUUGAGCAAAUUUAGGCUUCUCUGACCCGUCUUGGUACCAUCAUGUGAUGGGGCAUGGCCAUAACCUCUUAAACCACCUCCAGAGGAAGAGACGGCAGUACCCACUGUUAAUAACUUUGUCUGGUGGUUAGGAUGCUCACCUGGAGAAGGCUAAAAAUGCCCAUGGGGAUGAGAUCCUCCACUCCGGCAUCCAAGGGGUACAGCCAAGCCACCAGGGGUGGGCUGUGAGGGGAGGUGAUGGCAUGUGGUGAAACACAGUGCCAUAAAGAUGAUGCAAAUGAGUCAUGAUGCAGCAAGCAGAAGAGAAACAAGGCUCUGUGCCCACCUGGCACAUGGAGCCCAGGUCAUGGUUUCCCAAUUCAUCCUCAGUUUGGCUGGAGGAGACUGAUUCAGCCAUGCAGGAUGGGGUCCGUGCUGUGUUGGCGAAGGUCAGUACAAGAUUUGUUUUUUUCUAAGAGGAAAAAGUAGAUUUCCUUUGAAUAAGGGAGGUCACAGCCCCGCCAGUCGCCCGCCCAUCUCCACGGGGAGAGGCACACGAUGCAGAGCUUGCCUUGCCUUUCUACUAUUCUGUUUCGAGCAGGUGGUGCCCACAUCAGAGGAUGCCUCAAAACAUUUACAGGAAAUCAGGUUACCAGCUGUGAUUAAUAGCUGGUAAAUGUCUAAUAAUAACAGACGCAUUUCUAAUGCAUUUAGAAAUACCAGGGCUCUCGCCUCCUCGCCUAGAGCAGUGAGGUGCUGAGUGCUCCUGAGCCCCAGAGCCCCUCAGCAGCACUUAGCUCGAUGACUUUAUUGGCUUUUUUGGACCACACAUCCACUAAAGCUGUGGGGAAAGCAACACGACACAGGAUGAGGAAUACUGGGGCAGUUUUUUAAAUGUUUGAGAUUAUUCUUUUCCUCUGAAAAAAAAUACCAGUUUAGCAGAGAAUAGAAAUGAAAUUUAUUACACUUUUUUUUUCUUUUUUCUUUUUUUAACAACACAAAUAGUUUUGAUCUUUAGAGAUAUGAUGCUGACCUCUUCCCCUCCCCACCUCACCCUAUGGACCCUGGAAGAUGAUGUUUCUUUUAAAAUUAUGAUUUGAGAGAUGUGACUGCCUCUCUGAGCUUGGCCCACAGAAGGAAUGGAGGCAUCCAUGCUGCCAGAUGCAGCCAGCUGUGCAUCCCACAGGAGAAACACAGUUCAUUGGUAAACUUAUUUGACUUACUACUCUGCUUUGAACAACUAAAGCGAAACAAAAGAAAAAAGAAUGAUUGGGGAGGGGGAGUCUGAAAUUUCUUAUUGAAAUAAAGUUGUCUCUAAACGUCUUGCUCUUUCCUUGUAUUUUUCAAGGAAAAAAUCAUAUUUAGCUGAAAAAAAUUAAAACCAAACCAAAAAGAGAUUAUAUUUUUCCUCCUCGUUGAAGACUGGGGAUGGAGACUUUUCUUCUCAUGUUAUUCCUCAUUUCUGUCCCUCUGCUCUGUCCUUCUUGUCUCCUACAGCUCUGCCUACAUCCAUCUGCAGCUCUUCCCCUCUGCAUCUCCCAGCCCCUCCUUCCCAGCCUCAAUAAUUUCUGGUUUAUGCUCCAUCUCCCCAUGGGCUGCACCUGAACACACGAAGUCCCUCCAGCCCCAGCUCCCACUGGCAGGACCCUGCUCGCCCCAGCAGCUCCCUAUCAGCCUCACCCCGACCUGCCAAGGAGCUGCAGGGACAGGGAUAGGGACAAGGAUGGGGACAGGGUGGGAUGGGAUGAUUCUCGGCUCACUGCUGCUGCAAGGAUGAUGCUGUGGCAGAGACCACUGUUGUGAGUGUGCGGCUCUUUGCACCAUCUCAGGUAUGUUCUGGGGGUUUUAAGAGGGAAAACCCAACAGAGGUUCUGCAGGUGGAGUGACUACAAGCCCAAAAUCAAACACCCUUUUCCUAACAGGGAUGAUCAAGGCUGAAAAACCAAGGCCCAUGACAGUCCCACGCGGCAUCUGUGAAGAGCUUUACCUCUUAAUGCGCUGCGCAUCCAACAAAGCGGAGGUACUUUCUGAUGCUGUGUCAGCUGAAGACAUGUAGGUGCUUAAAUGCCUGUGGCAGGCUCUGGAGGAACCUUUUCAGAGAUACAUGGGCUGGGGCGAGCGCAGUCUGAGCAGGAGCGUGUGCCACACACCAGGUGCUGCAGCCCGACCCGCUCUGUGCCAGGAGCAGCUUCUCCACCAGCGCCGCUCAGCCCACACAGCAAGGGCAGAGCCCCCGAGGGAGCGAGGGUGGUCUGCGAAUCCAGCCAGCAACAGCCCCCAAACCAGGAAUGAGCAAAUUCAUGUGGUCUGGAGGAGUUUUUACCAGUGACAUGGGGGAAGGCACGUCAGAGCCCAGCAGAACUGGCACUUCAGUGAUGACAGGCUCAUCUGACGGCGGAUGCGGUGGGCUGCGGCGUGGCCUCGGUGCCGGGCUCCUCGCGAGCCUUUCCUGGGGAGCAGCUUGUCAUCGCCUCGGGAGCGCUGCACAGCCUCGCUCCUCACAGCACGUGAUGAAUUGCAAUAUCCUAACAAGAACACAUCACUUCCAGAGCUGUAACCAAUAUACAAGUCCAUUGGCAGCAGAUGUUAUUAAUGAUGUCAAUACAUAUUUUCUUAUUAAUCUGCCAUACUAGGCUUGUGUCUAUCUGCAAAUGAUUAUAAUUCAUUUUCCUGACAAUUCUAUCAAGAUCAUUUAUUACUGUUCAGCAAAGGAACUUCUUUUAAACAGAGAUUAAUAACAUUGCAUUUUAUCUGGCUGGCUGAGCCAAAGGAAAUGAAAUUAACAAUGAACCCUACAAACAUGUCAUCACUUUAAUUUAUCGGAAAAUAUUUUAAAAUGUUAUUUAAAAGAAUAUACGCUAUGGUGGGCACAGUUUAUUACAAAGGAAAGAAAUGAAACAGCAUGCAUUUUAGCAGGGUGGAGAGUAAGUUAGCAAAGAGGGCACCAUGUUUUCUCUGGAUCCCUGAGCUCGUGUUCUGGGACAAGGAGGGAGCAGCGCUCACAGCCUUCCUGGUGUGUGCAGAUGGGCACCUGCCCCUGUGAAUUGCAGCUGGAAGUCACUAUUUCUGGGUUAAAGUGGGUCCUACCUGGGAUCACAAGCUGUCGUCCCUGCAGGGAGCACCGUCCUCCUGUGUUCCUAUAGAGGGAAACUUCAGCAGGGUAAAGCUCGCUGAGGUCUGAGGGGGAGGAGGGUACGUGUGGACUGGCAGAGUCCCAGCACAGCACCCUUCUGCACUUUUGGUCCCUAGGAGGAAAUUAAACAAACUCAGUAAAUUUACAUGGUUUAGUCUCCUUUCUUCUGCAUUCUCUUCUUACUUUCCCCUCCCUUUGAGUAAAAUGGUAACAAAUAAUACACUAAAGAACAUAUCAGACCCCCCUCCUACUUUCACUGCGAAUAGUAAUGCAAAAAAUAUCAGCUUUGCUUCUGCAUUGCUUUGUUUAUACCCACGAACUUGCAACUGUAGCCCCAUUUUCAUGCAGGUGCCCACCGCUGUGUCUCUGCAGGACUUCCCCCAUGUGCCUGGCUCUGGGCUGCGACAUCUCCAGCAAUGGGAAUCCCAUCACUCCCCUCCAUACCCUCGUCUUGGAAGGUGUAUCCCUCCCUCUCCGGUACUGCAGCUCACUUGCCUGUUUCUCAGUGCCCCGUGCUUCCAACACCAGCAAAUUACUCCUCUUCCUUGCCCAGCAGGAGAGGAGAAGGCUGCUUAAAACAAUUUUGAAUUACGUGGUCAAGAAGUGUUUCUCCUAUAGAUAAUGAAGUCAGUUUCUUACCUUCAGUGGAGCGGAUUCAUCUGAUCUUACCCAGAUACCAGGUUGGAAGCAAUGUUUUAAACCCCAGACAAAAGAAAAUAAACCCACUAACCUCAAGCUGUAGCAGUUUCAGAAUGCUAACAUAUUGGCAAGAGGAUUUCCGAGUUUGCAUUUGUGUAUCUCUGCAGAGCAGCAAAAGCACUUACUGAAUUGGCUGGCAUUUAACUGUACAUUUUACUGCUGUAUAACAAAGUCUGGAUUUUUUUGUUUUAAUUAAAAACAAAAGUCAUCAAUGUAGCAUAGGUCUUGAAAAACUUACAACAAAUAAGACAAACCUGAAUAUCCCCCAAUGCAGGGUUUGGCUUGCCUGCAGAUUAAACGUAAUGUGUUAAUAAGAGAAGCAAGUUGUCCCUCUGUUUAAGCUGGAGCUGUAUCUCCACUUACUUUGGGGACACAGUAGUUCACAGAGAGGUGACAGCUCAGGCUGCACAUGCCCAGGCCAUACAUACUGAAGCAGGACCAGACUGAGCUUCUAAAAGGUCUGAUCUUCUACUUGGACCUAACAUUUACUGGCAGAAUUUGUGGUCUUUGACUGAGAAACAACUGCAAUGCAUAUGGCAGCACAUCGCUGCCUAUUUCUUGAUCAAACUGACAGCUUAGCCAUGUUUCUUUUAGCAUAAUUGUCAAUCCUGGCAUAAAGGCUGCAAGCUAAGAAGAAAACAGUCUCUGGCUAAACUACUCUAAAAGCUAAAUACCCAUUACAUUAAAAAAAAAAAUAAAAAAGA